GGAGGACAGGAGAGCGGAGGCAGCGGCGGCGCGCUGGCACUGGGCGCCCGCCCGGAGGAUGGUCCCCGCCGUGGGGGCGCCGCCGCCCAGCCCGCCCAGUCCCCCCGAAAUGGAAACCAGUUCUUCGCAGACAGCAGAGGUUCACAAGGCAUCGAUGCAGGUGUACUUCAUUUUUAAUGGCCACAUGACCAGUCUAUCUACAGAAAGGUUCUCUUCUCUGAAACCAUGCCAGAAAUGACAGAAAAUGAGACACCUACUAAGAAGCAACAUCGAAAGAAAAAUCGGGAGACACACAAUGCAGUGGAGAGGCAUCGAAAGAAAAAGAUUAAUGCUGGGAUAAACAGAAUUGGAGAACUCAUUCCUUGCUCUCCAGCACUUAAGCAGAGCAAGAACAUGAUCCUGGAUCAGGCCUUUAAGUACAUAACAGAAAUGAAAAGACAGAAUGAUGAGCUUCUGUUAAAUGGAGGGAACAAUGAACAGGCUGAAGAGAUAAAAAAACUGCGGAAACAACUGGAUGAACUCCAAAAGGAAAAUGGGAGAUACAUCGAACUACUGAAAGCCAAUGAUAUUUGCCUGUAUGAUGAUCCUACGAUCCACUGGAAGGGGAAUCUCAAAAAUGCAAAGGUCUCAGUUGUUAUUCCUAGUGAUCAAGUUCAAAAGAACAUUAUCGUCUAUUCAAAUGGGAGUCAACCCAGCGGAAAUAACCAGGGAGCAUCUGUCCAGGGAAUAACGUUUAAUGUUGGUCAUAAUUUACAAAAGCAAACAGCCAAUGUUGUUCCAGUCCAGAGAACUUGCAACCUAGUGACUCCUGUGACAAUUUCUGGUAUUUAUCCUGCAGAAAACAAACCACGGUCUCAGAGUACAGUUUCUCCACUGGCACCCACUCAGGUGGUUCCAGCAGGGAACGCUGUUGAACUUUCCAUCACAGAAAAUGAGCAAGGUGUGCUCGCUGCUACCAGCUCACAGAACGCUUCUCAAUCCGGAACAGAACAGGGCCUACAGUGUUCUUCAGGUAACGCACUGCAGAAUGGUCAAAGUCUCCCCAAAAGUAAAAAUGAUGAAGGUGGCUCAAAGUCAACAAAGAAAACAGUCGUGCAGGGAAUCAGCCUUCCUUCCAGUGCCUCCAUGGAAGCUGAGAAAGUUCAACACGUAAAUGCAACCAGCUCAAAAACACCUAAUUCUAGGAACGAAUUUCAGGAAAGCUCUGUAAUUUCAACUACUGGCACAGCUGUUGUGCCAUCUGUGAGACUGUCUGCUGCAGAUAGUUUUUCCUCUGUAAAUGUUCUCAAAAGUACAAACUUAAUAAGUAGUGCUGACAUGCCCGUGACUUCUGCAGCAGAAGGAAUGAAGGCUGUAACUGUAAUAAGCACUCUGCCUGCCAGUCCCCUGGAGAACUGCUGGUCUUUUUCAGGCUCUACAGGUGUUGUCCCGUCAGACUUGAAAAAUAUGAGUAGCCUUACACGGAUGCCUUCAGCUGGAAACACACAGACCACAUGGACAACUUUGCAGCUAGCAGGAAAUACUGUCCAGCCACUAAGCCAAACACCAUCCAGUAUAAUGACCGCGCUGCUAAGUGAGCCAGUUAACGGGGCUAGUACCGUAUCUCCUGCUCACAGCAGACCUUUGACAACGAGCAUUAGUUUGAAUACUUCUCUGCCUAUAGAUGGGCAGGCAGCUGAACAGAUUGUAGUUACCUUGCCCUCAUGCCCAUCCCUACCUAUGCAGCCAUUAAUCAGCCAACCACAGGUUAAAACUCAGGCUGCAGGAAGUAUCCUUCCGUUAAAUUCAACUAUGCAGGUAAUUCAGAUGGCUCAGCCGGUUGCGUCAGCUGUGACAGGAGCACCAGCGAACCAGAAUGUCAUCAUUCUCCAGCCUCCAAACACUGCUCCGUGUCCUCCAAUUGUCAGGGCAGAAGUUCCUAGCCAGAAUGUCAGUCAACAAAUUGUAAUUAUUCAAGCUGCUAGUCAGAAUCCUCUUCCUCUCCUCUCUGCCCAGCCUUCUGCUUCUCUGAGAGUUCCUGUGAAUGGGCCUGUGGCAGUUGCAAACUCCAACUCUGUACAAAAUGCCCAUCUUCCACAGACUUUUGGAGGAAAACACCUUGUCCAUAUAUUACCAAGGCCAUCAUCUUUGCCAACUUCUAGCUCUACACAAACAUUUUCAGUUACAAUGUCAAAUCAACAGCAUCCCCAAACAAUCUCAUUAAAUGGGCAGCUUUUUGCAUUGCAGCCUGUCAUGUCUUCAUCCGGAGCUUCAAAUCAAGCCCCUAUGCAAAUUAUUCAACCCACCACUAGCGAAGAUCCAAAUACCAAUGUUGCUCUCAAUACAUUUGGUGCUUUAGCUAACCUCAAUCAGAGCAUAUCACAAAUGGCUGGACAAAGCUGCUUACACUUAUCUCUCAGCCACCCUACCAAUCCCACAACUGUCCAUAAUCAGAUUACCACAGUUAACUGUGUGUCAUUACCAGCUUCAGUGCCCCCCUCAGUGCCUCUGGACGGUUCAGUGUUAACUAGUGCAUCUAAUUCAACAAAUGUUUCCCCCAAAAAAGCUGCUGCUGGUUUUCUGUCUAAUACAAAAUCAAAAAGGACAAACAAAAAGCAGAGUACAAAAAAACACCUAGCUACCAACGUUAAAGUUUCCUGUGCAGCAGUUCCUUGUAAAGAUGCAGGUAAGACAGACGGUGCUCCUGUAGAAGCUGUGGCAAAACAUUCAAAGGGUGAGGAGUUGCCUGAGAACAUUCCUGCAGUGUCACAAGCUUUAGCCACGUUGCAGGUGACUGGUGCAAGUAUUUCUCCUUCCAAAGAAGCUGAGUGCUCAGAGCAAACAGUGGGCUCCUGCCCUGCACCAGAGACAACUUUGGCAGAGCUGCCGGCCCCCUUGCCACUGCAGCUUGCGGUGUCCGAACGGUUGGCACUGGUCCCACCAACUGCCAGGGAUGCUGCUCCUCUCCUGCCAGUGCGUCAGCCUCAGAGCAACCCACUGACCAGCUCAGCCUCAUCAGAGUCUUCCUCCCGCUGUGAGCCCUCUGGCACCUUAACACCCUCUGAAACUGAAGCACGUGGGACAAGUUCUCAGGUUUCUGGGGCAUCAACAGUGGAGAGCAGCACGGCAGGUCAGACUUCCACUGCAGGAACAACUUCAGAGUCCUGCAACGUUCCGCAGGGUUCUUCAGUUGUCAUGCAAGAUGUGGACUUGUUGGAAGGGCAAGGUCUGACCAAAAUGCUGUCUGAUCUCACAAAAGAAAGAACAGUUGUGGAAAAAAGCUCUUCUUUUGCUGUUCAAGGGGAGCAUUCUAAUUUUCCCAUGGAAAACUCUAAAUCAGUGGAAUCAAAUGUUGAUUUGCCUGAGAAGCAGGAACUCUUGUUAAUGAACACAGAAGGUGAUGCACUCUCCCAGCACCACACCUGCGUUUCUGAUCAGGAAGUAGUUAGUGCUGCCCUCAUUGCCAGCAGGCAGGCAGACUCCCCGAUGUCAACCAGUUCUGGUAGCAGCCGGGGCUUCUCUGUGGCAUCGAUGUUACCAGAUACCACCAGAGAAGAUGUUACUAGCAACACGUCAACCAGUACGUGCAACAACUGCACAUUUUCAGAACAGCCUGACAUAGUUGCUCUUGCAGCAAGAGCUAUUUUUGACCAGGAAAGCCUUGAGAAAAGUGGAGGAGGAAUGCAAGUUAACAUGAGGGAUGCCGUACCUAAGUCAACUGAGGUUGCAACUCUGGAGAGAGAGCAACAGACUUUUAAAACUCUACCAGUGAAAGAAAGCAGUGCAGGGCCAUUAGAAACAGCGCCAAACAAAUUCAGUGCCCAGGAUACAGUGCAAACAAAUGUUGGUAGGCAAGUUGAAAAACCAAGCUGUUCUGUAGGAGGUGUGGAAACCUCCAACUCUUCUUUGCAGAUUUCAGUUUCCCAGUCACCGAGCAUAACCAGUUUAAGUGUGAAUAACCUGAUACACCAGAGCCGCAUCGUCCAUCCCCUCGUGAGUUGCUCAAGUUUAUCCCAGCCUUCAGAGCCAGCAAGCAUUCCUGCAACUGUGGGUCUCUCUCUUCCAUCUGGUUCAUAUGUCAACCCAUCUCCAAGACCAGCUAUGAUGAGUGAGUAUGCUCAGGAACAACUGAACGCUAUUAGGGCAAACUCCAUGCAAGCUCCUCAGCUGCAGGAAUCACGAUUAAAGCAGCAAAACCACGAAGGUCGCAAGGACUCUGCCAAGAGGGCUGUUCAGGAUGACCUUCUGCUUUCUACAGCAAAGAGACAAAAGCAGUGUCAGACAGCACCUCUAAGGCUUGAAGGGAUGGCACUGAUGAAUCGAACACCAGAGAGUAUUGCUGAUCAAACACAGAUGCUGGUCAGUCAGAUGCCUUCUAAUUCAUCAAGUUCGGUGGCAUCCUUGAGCAAUCAGGGGCACGCAGAUGGCCUCAAUAGGCUAUUCCCAUCAAACAGCAACUUUGUAACACCAGCUUUGAGACAAACUGAAGUUCAGUGUAACUCCCAGCCAUCAAUUUCAGAGCAGCAAGGCACGGGAGGGCAGCAUUUGCAGCCAAUUCAGCAUGUUCCCGCUCAAGGCAUAUCUCACCUUCACAAUAAUCAUCCCUACUUAAAGCAGCAGCAGGCUGGACAAUUAAGAGAAAGGCAUCACUUGUAUCAGCUGCAGCACCAUGUCACUCAUGGGGAAAGCUCAGUCCACUCUCAACCCCACAGCGUCCAUCAGCAGCGAACAAUACAGCAGGAAGUGCAAAUGCAAAAGAAAAGGAAUCUCAUCCAGGGAACCCAAGCCCCUCAACUUUCUUUACAGCAGAAACACCACGGAAGUGAUCAGACACGGCAGAAAGGCGGUCAGCCUCAUCCUCACCACCAGCAAAUGCAGCAGCAGAUGCAGCAGCACUUUGGAGCUUCCCAGCCUGAAAAGAACUGUGAAAAUCCUGCCACAAGCAGAAACCAUCAUAACCACCCUCAGAGCCAUAUAAAUCAGGACAUUAUGCAUCAACAGCAGCAAGAUGUCAGCAGCAGGCAGCAAGGUUCAGCUUCUGAGCAUGUAUCAGGGCACAAUCCCAUGCAGAGACUGAUGACCUCCAGGGGUUUAGAGCCGCAAAUGGUAUCGCAGGCAAGUAUUGUAACCAGGCCGUCAGACAUGACCUGCACCCCUCAUAGGCAGGAGAGAAACAGAGUUUCCAGCUACUCUGCUGAGGCACUUAUUGGGAAGACACCCUCUAAUUCAGAGCAGAGAAUAGGAAUCUCUCUUCAAGGCCCUAGAGUAUCUGACCAGCUUGAAAUGAGGAGCUAUAUUGAUGCUUCUAGAAAUAAAGGGUUGGUUAUUCACAAUAUGCAGGGCCGUAUAUCCAUUGAUCAUACGGUUGGCUCAGAUGUACAACGGCUUUCUGAUUGCCAGACGUUUAAGCCAGCAGGACCCAACCAACAACCUGCAGGCAAUUUUGAUGUGCAGGCCUCAAGAAACAGUGAAAUUGGUAAUUCUGUGUCGUCCCUCCGGGGCAUGCAAUCGCAAGCUUUUCGAAUUGGUCAGAAUACUGGGCCACCCGUAGAAAGGCAGAAGAGAUUGCCUUACCAGCCAGUACAAGGUAUUCCAACAGGAAAUUCCCUUCCAUCAAGGGAAAAUGAAAAUACAUGCCACCAAAGUUUUAUGCAGAGCUUACUUGCCCCUAACCUUGGCGAUCAAGUCAGUGGAAGCCAGCGAUCGAUCCCAGAACAUCCAAGGAAUACACAGUGCGGUGCGUCCUCCACGAUUGAGUACAGCUGUCCCCCAGCCCGGGAGAGUGUCCACAUCCGGAGAGAUGGCGAUGCUCAGAACAGGGAAAGCUGUGACAUGUCCAUCAGUACAAUUAACACCAGGAACAGCUCUUUAACUAUUCCCUUCUCAACUUCAUCUUCCUCGGGAGAUAUUCAGGGUCGAAAUACAAGCCCAAACAUUUCUGUACAAAAGUCCAAUCCCAUGAGGAUGACAGACAGUCAUGGAACGAAGAGCCACAUGAAUACACCUGUCUCCAGCAACAUGCACGGGGUUGUGAGGCCAACUCACCCUCACCCUGCAGUUUCUCAUGGAAAUGGUGAACAAGGGCAGCCUUCUGUUCGUCAGCCCAAUUCUUCAGUUACUCAGCGCUCAAGGCAUCCUCUGCAAGAUAACAACGGCUCUAAAAUACGGCAGCCUGAAAGGAAUCGAUCCGGAAAUCAAAGACACGGGAAUGUCUUUGACCCUAGUCUUCCCCACCUGCCCCUGUCUACCAGCAGCAGUAUGAUCCUUGGGCGCCAGCAGUCUGCUAUAGAAAAGAGAGGAAGUAUUGUCCGCUUCAUGUCUGACGGCCCUCAAGUGUCCAAUGACAACGCAGCCUCUGACCAACAUACACUUUCUCAGAACUUUGGAUUCCCUUUUAUCCCAGAGGGUGGCAUGAAUCCACCCAUAAAUGCCAACACGUCCUUCAUUCCCCCUGUUACUCAGCCUAGUGCCACUCGAACACCAGCCCUAAUCCCCGUCGAUCCCCAAAAUACGCUGCCAUCCUUCUACCCGCCUUACUCUCCUGCCCACCCCACUCUCUCCAAUGACAUUUCUAUCCCUUACUUUCCCAACCAAAUGUUUCCUAAUCCGAGCACAGAGAAGCCGAGCAGUGGAGGUUUGAACAAUCGAUUUGGAUCUAUCUUGUCUCCUCCCCGGCCUGUUGGUUUUGCCCAGCCAAGUUUUCCUUUGCUUCCGGAUAUGCCACCAAUGCACAUGACCAAUACGUCACACUUAUCCAACUUUAACUUGACGUCUUUGUUUCCGGAAAUAGCCACUGCUCUUCCUCCGGAUGGUUCAGCAAUGUCACCUUUGCUUUCCAUUGCAAACACGUCUGCUUCCGAUUCUUCCAAGCAGCCCUCAAACCGACCUGCCCACAAUAUAAGCCAUAUUCUAGGUCAUGACUGUAGUUCAGCGGUAUGAAGACUGACAGACUGACUUCUAGUCUGAUGAGUUGUUUCUGUAUUUAAGAAAAAGAAAGUGGAUCUUACCGGCAUCCCUGAAGAGACCAGUCGUAUCAUCACUGUUUAUUUGCCUAAAUGUAUGUAUAUGGGUAUCUUCUAUAUCUAUAUACACACCUUUCUAUCCACCUUACUAACUUUAAAGCACCAGUGCCUAUAGCAAUGCUUACUUGCAAAUAAACGGUAAGAAUGCAACUUCAGAGCUGUGCAAAUACUGAUUGUUGAUUUUACAACAAUCAAGCCUGAUGUCUGAUUGCCACUCUCAGUAGUACUUGGAUGUAAAGAGGUGGGAAUAUCCAAACAGGACACAGGAAAACAAGUGCUACAGGUUUCAUUUUACUUACAAUGUGUUUACCUGAGACUAAAGGUGAACUUCAAGUGGCUUAGGUUUUUCUUUUUCCUUUGUAAAAUAUUUUGGGAGCCUCAUAACAAGACAGGUCUCUGCUAAUCUGGUGUUAAUUGAUAAAGGCAUUUGUUGUGCAGCUUUUGUCUGUUUGAAGCUUGUUGCAUCCACUUGAGUUAAGGCUAACUUGAUGUGGCAAAAAUUGCCAUGUGUUUCCAUGGCCAGAAAUUAAAAAUACUGUUCCAGAAAAUUGAACUUUCUUUCAUGUGUGACUUUCUAUUUCAAAGAAGAAUUUGUUUAGAUCUUGUUUAAUGAUGGCGUCUGUUGCUGCUGAACUUGGCCAACAUUUUAAUGUAACUUAGUACUCCUACUGGAGUACUGUGGGGACAGCAGUCCUGUUUGUUGCCAUUUCAUUGCUCAUAUGCUGCAAGUUACCUCAGGGUGGUUUUGUACCUUGUUUAGCACCUUCUUAAUGUCUUCUGUGUUGUUUUCCUCCCCCCCUUCCCCCCUCUCCUUUUCUUUGGCCCAUGCUCAGCCACCAGCUUACUGGUUUCUGUGAGUGACAGCCCCCUGUUGUAAUGGUCAGCACACGGGAGCAGCACUGAGCCCAUGGCAUCCCACAGAAUCCAUGGGGAUCGUGGGCACGCUGUCUGCUUACUGUUGCUGGCAGCAUUGGGGCCUAAUAUAAUAUCAGUACUUUGCACUUGAAUGCACCUUUUGUCUAAGCCCAUGUGGUUGUGGGUGAAGGGAGAAUGUGAAUGUGUCAAGAUUGAAAAGUUGUAUGCCAGGAAGAUGUGAUGUGAGCAUCACAAGGAAGGGGGACUUUGUGUGUGUGUGAGGGACAGAGCAUGUGUGUGCAUGAGUGGUGGUGCUUCAUUUUUUUUUAUUUUUAUUUUUGUGUGUGUGUUUAGUGCAAAUAUUUGAUGGAAUAUUUAUUUCACUUCAAAGCAAGCCUGCUUUUCUUCCAAACAGCAGUGAUUGCAGUCGCAUUAGCAACAACCACCGGUCCUUGACUCUGAUUGAGCAAAAUGUGACUCUGACUUUUGUCUGGUCGGACUCUUGGGCCAUGCUGGUCUCCUUGAUGCUGUAGAUCCCAAAUAGGGUGCCAUAAAGGAGCGCAAGGAUAUCCAUAAUGCUGAGUGGCUCCAGGGGUUACGGAUGAUUAUGUCAGGAGGACUGAAUCAGCAGUUGCAUGUUGUAUUAUGUGGUCUUCUGUACAGAGGAAUGUAGAAGUGCCGUUCUUACUCCUCACUCAUUUGUUACUUGCAUUGGUUUCCUUUGCUGGGAAGGCUCCAGCACUUUGGGCUGUUUGUCAAAGCUGCAGGGAGCCUGUAAGGUUGCAUGGGUAUAUUUAUUCCUUUUGUUUGGUUUCACUAUAAAUUUCACCGGUGUUGUAUUAAGGUAAAUGUGAUCUUGAGCAUUCACAACAGAACAUGUUGGAAGCGUUGGCUUUUUUGUAUUUAUUUUUUAUGUUGUAAAUCGAUUUUUGAACAGGCAGUAAGUUUCAUAUUCCCCUUUUCUGUUUACAAAGGUGACCAAAAAGCAAUUGUACUCAUAGGAUACCUUUAGUGCAGGCAGUUACCACUCAGUCAUGUUAGUGACGCAAAGACUGUGUGAUUUUGCAGGAGCUGCACAGUUUUGAGGUGUAUGGCUUGAAGUUCAUUACCACGUGACCAUUCUCCUCCAGAGGAAUGUACCUUACAUUGUUUUUAUGGGGUGUGGUAGUUCCUAUGUAAUCACUGUGCCUCUCUGGACUUUUGAUGGAAACUACCAAGACCAGGAUGGACACCACUCCAUCACCCCAACUGAAUAGGACAGUUGCUGUUGAAGUUCAACCACAGGCCAAAGUGAGUCUUUUUAUAUGCCAUAAAUGAUGCUAAGUGUUCUCGAUGGCAUUUGUUUAGGAUGAAAGGAAAUGUAGGAAGACCUAGCUGCAAGAAGGCAUUUGUCAAAUUCUAUUUAUUCCCCAAUUCUAUUAUUCUCACAGCUGACUGGCAUUUAAAUCAAUUAAUUAAAAGAAAAAUUGGCUCUAGUAUGUAGUCUAUCUCGUGGCAUCAUUCAUAGUUCAAGAUUGUCCUUGCUGAGCCUGGCCAGGUGCCCCUGUCUGGGGUGAUUGCGCUUUUACCAGAUUGUUUCUCACACGUUGGUGCUCUUGAACAGCUGAUGGAAUGGGUAUUUUGCAUUAAAAGAGAAGAAGUGAGAUGUUAGGUACUUUCUGUUGUUUUUUUAAUUAUGGAAUUGCUUUUGUUUUCUUCUUCACUGCAAGCUAAUUACCCCUGCCUCUUCAUUCUACAAGUAGAACCGCAUUUUCUUUGGCAAAAUUGUACAAUUCCAACAAGAAUUCCUUGUCAAUCUUUUAAAGAUAUAUUUGGAAAAGAUUUAAUUGCCAUUUGUUAUCCUGAGAGUGGAAUUGUCUCUUCUGUAACGGUUUCAUAGUAUCUUUCUGGAAGGUUUGCUUUGUGUUUGAAGAGACACGUGCUCCACGCUGCUUCAUUUAGCAAAAGAAGUAGCAAAAGGGAGUGGUUCAGAACUACCUCUGGGGUGGGACUGCUGCAGUCAGUGAGCACUGGGGAGCUGCGGCCUCCAGCUUGUCUUAAACGUGUUCAGCAAACAAUUGCAAAUGGCCUAGGGAUGAAUUGCAUGUACUUCAACGUAAAUUAAUCGAUUACUCCCUUAAGAAAACUAGGAGAAUGUGAGCAGAAUCAGACUGAGUUGACAGCAGGCAACAAACUGGUCGUGUAUGAGCAUUCUCACCGGUUUCACUGAGAGCAAGGGGCUGAUCAAAGUGCAGCUCCCAGGAAUGGUUUAAGCCACACUGGGAUGUGUUUGACAGCCCGGCUGCCAUCAAGGGAGCGCCUCCGAAUUAAAGAUGCAGUGCCAGCGCAGGGCCUCUGACAUUUUGCACAGGUUUCCUACGCACUUUAAAGCUGCGCUGCCACUGUGGUUAGCGACUGGUUUUUGGUGCAGAAAACACAUCAUUUGGCAGGGCAAAGUGCAGGGCAAAAUGCAAAGGUGUUUCCAGCAACAAGCAUCAUUUCGUUACUUCUCCUAAGAGAAGUAUGUACUCACACAGCCCUGCUCAAAAACCUGUGCUGCCCUCUGCUUCUGGAUGGCCAUAGUCAGAUCCAUGGAGAGAUGUGAUCAUGCCUUAUUUCCCACACAAUUAUAAUGCUUGUCACUUCAGUAAUAAUCCCACCUUGACUUGGAAAGAAAGAGUAGAACUGAAUUUAUUCAUACUGAAAUGAUCAGAUUUGCGUUGUUGGGUUUUCCUGUGUGUUUGCUUUUAACAGAGCCGUGUAAGCAGCUCCAUCCACUUCCACAGCCAGUCUGCAUUCACUUCUGCUCCUUUUCCUUUCUGCCCAGUCCAGCAGUGCUCCAUGGCUGAGCACACAUAGGUGGAGGAUGGCACUGUCAACCCUUAAGAGCACCACCACUGCUGUCCUUACAGCACAGCUCAGUUAAAGCACCCACACUUUACCUCCACGUGUUGUACUGCUAGUGAAUUAUUCUGUGAAUGGUGAAAGACUUCCAGAAAUGUUUGGUCGUGAUGGUAAAGAACCAUUUUCUCUUUGCUGACGGUCCUCACUUGGUUGCACAAAAGCCAUUCCUAAGUUGCAAGAUAAUUUCCAAAAAACAGCAUAUUCCUCUUUAAAGUUGCUGACCCUUACCUUAGCAGCAGAUUUUUGUAUUACAAAAAGCAUUUCCCGCUUUCUCAUCAAACUGCAUUUUUACAAGCAGGUUUCAAGUCUGCGAUACGAUUUGCAGUUUCAGCAAUCAGAAAUGCAAAAUGAGACAGCAGUAGGCUGUCCCCACGUUCCUGCCUGCUCACUGUGAGAAGGAAAGCAAAGAUGGAUUUUGCCACGGGAGAUUAUUCAGAGAUGCUGUUGCCCUCCACAAUGUAAAUUAUUUAUAUUCGGCCCAGAAUCAGCUGCUGUGCUCCUGUUUUAUCCAGCUGUAAAUUACUUGGAUACAGCCCCAGUGUAAAGCCCUUCUUAUUUUGUAAUGAAGAAAGGAAAUCUGCAGUAGAAGAAUAUAAUGAACGAGGAGGAACACCAUCUUGCAACUGUAAAUAAGAUCUUGUUCUGUUUAUUUUGACAUCUUUUUACAAAUGUGUCGUAUUCAGGUGUAAAUAUCUCAGCCUACGAUCUUGUUUCAGAGCUCUGAGAUUUCUACUGUUAUAUGUAAUACUUUGUUUAAUAGUUGUAAUAAUUAUUUGUAUAGAUAUGAACACAAUAGUAUUUUAUUAAAAAAAGGAAAAUGUUCUUCAAA